GUGGCUUAAACACUGAUUUUUUUUUAAUGAAAUUCACAGAUUUACGAUCGUACUUGAGAACCCUAAUCUCAAACGCAAGUGCUUGCUCAAAUCGCUCGAUUGUCUCUCGGUCUCUCCAAUCUCUCGCCGUCUCCAGCUUUACCGUUGCAAUCCAAAUUCCUAAUCCAAUCUCCUAAGUUACUUCUAAAGCCUGAAAUCGACUCUCCGACUUCGUAGCCUGAAAUCCAAUAUUCGUUUGAUCUGGUUCGGUUUUCGUGUUCUUGGCUAUUUAAAUAUUGACUAAUUUGCUUGAAUGUUAAAUUAUGACUGGAUUUUUCUCUGUGGUGGCUGUAUAUUUUAUACAAACUUCUCGUGUGGAGUGAAAGUUUUAACGGAUUGAGUUGGCUUCUGGCUACUAAUUCUAUAAGUGUAGUUGGGGUGGGGUCUCAUUUUUCUUCUGAAAAUUAAUGUGGAUUGGCUGUAUUGUUGAGGUGUCAUUCAUUAUUUAAUUAUCAGCACCGACUUCGUUUUUUAUCUUGUAACAUAAAAUUUAGUUUCUUAGUCUUGACUUUGGAUCAUGUUUAGUUCUGGUUAUUUUUAGUUCUGAUCAUAUCGUUCCCCCUACUGAGACGGAAGAAAGAAAUAAUUGUGAAUGUUUAGCUGUUCAUAUUUAAUUAAGUGCAAUAAACUUAAUUUGGCGUCUCUUUCAUUCUUAUGGACAUCCACAUAUCCAAGUUGAUGAAGAUGAACUAUAUUGGGAUGGAAUAAGCUCGAUGAAGAUUCGAUUUGGUUAUGGCCGUGUCAGCGUGGUGACAUAUACAUUUGCAAGAGCUGCUCUACUCUCUAAAACCAGUCCAAUGAAUAGUGAUAGCACAAUUUUGAAGGAAACUUGUGCAAUUUGCUUGGAGAAUGUCGAUGUACUGAAGAUGUUUUCAGUUGAUUAUUGCUUCCACAGAUUUUGCUUUUCUUGUGUGAAGAAAAAUGUCGAGGUACAAUUGCGCCAAGGGAUUGUGCCCAAGUGUCCUUUUGAAGGUUGCCGGUCUGAUCUGGAAAUAGAUAGCUGCACAAAGUUAUUAACACCAGAGUUAAUUGAGAUCAUGACUCAAUGCAUAAAGGAAGCUCGUGUUCCUUUUACGGAGAGAAUUUAUUGCCCAAAUUCCCGAUGCUCCACACUAAUGUCAAAAUGCGAGGCUUUGGAAUUU